AUUUCGUUCCUCGCUGACAGACCUUGUGGUGUCCAUGCAAGUCCUUUCCUUUCCUUGAACUCUCUUCAUUGUCUUACCACAUAAGAAACUAAAAAAUGCCUCGUAAAGUCACGGUGUAUAUUACUGAGCCACCUGGCGAUGGACUUGAAAAGAGUCGAAUUCGGUUCCGUGAAUAUGCCAACCCACAGACGAAACAUGCUAUUCCUGUUUCAGGUGCUGUCGAUUACGAUAUCAAAGAAGCUAAAUCACCUGGCCAAAUCGAAACGUCUGUCAUGGAAGAAAUCGUUUAA